AGGAAAUCUCGCGAGACUGGGGCAGUCAGGGAGCGCUCGUCGGGGACGGUCGGCGGAGGUUUAUCCCGGGUCAGUGAUGGGGCUGAACCCCGCUGACUUGCCAGUUGUCUGUUCUGUCUCUGUUGGAUUCUGCGUCUGCUCGCUGAAGACGCGGAACAGGGGUGCGGAGUCUUUUCCUUUGGGUGCUUAAGACCCGGUCGUCAAAGGUUCUAAUCUGCAUAGCCGACGGCUGCGAGGGAUUGAGAGCGCAGUCAAGAUGGUUUCCAUAUAAGUGAAAGCAAAUAAGACCUUGUGAAUCCAGCCUGGCUCAAGAAUAAAACUGGGAUCGGAAGAUCUAUUUCUGGUACUAGCUGGGCUCUUUCACUGGGUUCCUUAUAUUGAAAUGAGUUGCACAAUUGAGAAGGCACUUGCUGAUGCUAAAGCCCUUGUUGAAAGAUUGAGAGAUCAUGACGAUGCAGCAGAAUCUCUGAUUGAGCAAACCACAGCUCUCAACAAGCGAGUAGAAGCAAUGAAGCAGUAUCAGGAAGAAAUUCAAGAACUUAAUGAAGUCGCAAGACAUCGGCCACGGUCCACAUUAGUUAUGGGAAUCCAGCAAGAAAACAGACAAAUCAGAGAAUUGCAACAAGAGAACAAAGAAUUACGUACAUCCCUGGAAGAACAUCAGUCUGCAUUGGAACUUAUAAUGAGCAAGUAUCGAGAACAAAUGUUUAGAUUGCUCAUGGCUAGCAAAAAAGAUGAUCCAGGUAUAAUAAUGAAGUUAAAGGAGCAGCAUUCCAAGAUUGACAUGGUACAUCGUAACAACUCCGAAGGAUUCUUCCUUGAUGCAUCUCGACACGUCCUUGAAGCACCUCAACAUGGACUGGAGAGGAGGCACUUGGAAGCAAAUCAGAAUGAGUUACAAGCACAUGUUGACCAGAUAACUGAAAUGGCAGCAGUGAUGAGGAAAGCCAUUGAAAUCGACGAGCAACAGGGUUGCAAGGAGCAGGAACGAAUAUUUCAACUUGAACAAGAAAACAAGGGCCUGAGAGAGAUCCUUCAAAUAACUCGAGAAUCAUUUUUGAACCUUAGGAAGGAUGAUGCAUCAGAAAGCACAUCUUUGUCAGCAUUAGUAACCAACAGUGACCUAAGUCUGAGGAAGAGCUGAAAGGGUUCCAAGUCUGGGAACUUUGUAUAUGACUCUAAACUAUCACAAAGACUGGCCUAUAAAUGAAUGAAUGAAGAGAAAACUCAAAUUCAAUCAACCCUUUUUUUUUCCUCUAUAGUUUGUACAGUGCACUGGCUAAGUGUUAGCMAAAAAAAAAAAAAAAAAAUGUAUAGUUAGUUCGUCAUAAACUUUAUUCCAAAACAUAAUUGAAAUAGAAACUGAGCCAUUGUUAAUUGGUGAACAAAGGAAGGAUUUUCACAGUGAUGGCUGAAAAUAUCAAGAGCUUUCAGCAGUGCUAUUGGCUUUCUAAAUGAUAUACUUAGAUACACUUGACUUUUCCCAGUAAUUGUUUGGGAAUUCAUAGAAUUAUCCUAAUUUACGAUAUUUUGCCAUGGUUUUGUGAAUGGAAGAUCCUUAUACUCAAUUUAAUCCUUCCUGUUUGGUGUCAGAGUUAACAAAUAGGUUAUGUACCAUAAGACUUCAGCUUUAGUGAUUGCCUGUCUCCUUUCCCAUUAAUUUAAAAUUUUUUUGUCAAAGAAAAUUCAGGUUUAAAGGUUGCAGUAAUGUUUUACAUGUACCACAAAUAAAAGAGGAAAUUUAAUUAUAGCUAAUUUACCACAUAAAUGAUAUUUAGCUAACAAGUGUCCAUAACUUGCUAAAGAAUAUGAAAUAUUUCAGGAAUGAAAGAGAAGGAACAUUACUUUCUAAGAAAGAAGAUCUUAUAAAUAAACAUAUUUAGUAGGUUAAACUACUCCUCUGAAAGAAUAAGUUUUGGUUUUUAGUCAAUAAAAACAAUUUUUCUCUUUUCUGUUUGGUACUUAAGGACCUCAUAUAUUUCAUUUACUUAACAAAGUUUAAAUGUUUCAUGUAGUAAAAUAGGUAUGGUAAUUUCAAAGUAAAUUCAAAAUUAUGGUUUACACAACCCUUUUUUAAGUAAUUAAGAUACAGAAAAAGUAGACUCAAAUAUUUAAAAAAAAAUUAUUUUGAACUCCAUCUGCCUCAUUCCCUUAAGGUUUUUUUAGUUUGGUUUGGUUUGGUUUUAAUAACUUUUCAUUACUAAAGGGGGUUGGAAAUCUAUGGAUUUACAAGUAUUAGUUUUAUUAAAACAUGUCAAACAGUAAGUAGAUUUCUU